AUGGGGAAGGCAGUUGCGUUUCCCACUGAGACUGUAUACGGUCUUGGAGCCCUGGCUUCUGAUGACGCUGCUGUCAUGAGGAUUUUUGCAGCCAAGGGAAGGCCAGCAGAUAAUCCCUUGAUCGUUCACUUUGCGGAUGGGCAAGCAGGACUGGAGGCUUGUGCAGAAGGAGGUCAGGUGCCGUCAACUGCGCGUAGGCUGGCGGAAGCCUUCUGGCCCGGGCCGCUCUCGAUCUGCAUCAGAGCAAACAAGGAGACGGUGAGCGAGCGAGCGAGGGCUGGACUCGACACGGUGGCUGUGAGGGUCCCCGAUCAUCCGAUCGCUCUGAAGCUCUUGCGAGCCCUCGGCAAGUACGUGGGAGUUGCGGCCCCGAGCGCCAACGCGAGCGGUCGACCGAGUCCAACUCAAGCUGAGCAUGUCUUGUGCGACUUGGGAGAUCGCAUUGAAGGUGUUGUAGACGGGGGAAAGACCUGCAGUGUUGGUCUAGAGUCGACAGUGAUCGACUGCACUGUUGACCCUCCGGUCAUCCUACGUCCCGGCAAGAUCUCGAGGGAGGAGAUCCAGGCAGUGCUGGGGCUCCCCGUGAUGGACUACCAGCACUCUGCUGAGGUCACCACGGAGGAGGCAGUCAAGGAGCGGCCGAAAGCUCCGGGCAUGAAGUACCGCCAUUACGCUCCUCGUGCCGGCGUGACCGUCGUCGAGGGCAGCGCUGCUCUCUUCGUGCAGUCGGUGUUGGCGAAGCUCGAGGAAGCCGACGAGGCGGACUCGCAUGGGAGGGCCUGGCUCGGCGUCAUGGCACCCCAGGACAUCCUCGAGGAGCUGAGGCGAAGCGGCGGGGAGAAGCUGAGGCAAUGCGUGCUUGCGGCAUGCGGGGACAGCGUGAGCGAUCAGUCGUCCAUCGCUCGCGACCUGUUUGCUGUCCUGCGAUCGUUUGAUGAGAUGCCAGACGUGACCGACAUCCUCGCUCAUGGCACCGAGGCCAAGGGGCUUGGCAAGGCGAUCAGGAACAGGCUUGACAAGGCAGCUCUGAGAUCCGACUUGGAUCCGAACAAGAGCUGA